UUUGUUUUUAGGAGGAGGAGGAGGAAAAAUCAGCAGAAAAACUUAAAGUACUGAAGAAGAAGAGACCAGCAGAUAAAAAACAAAACUUUUUUGCUGAAAAAUUUUCCCUGUCUAAUCAGUCUUCCUUGGCUGCAUGUGUAUCAGAUAACUCUGGUGGGGCUGUUCUUGUAAUGGAUGAUGAUCAGAUGAUGACAGUGUUAUCUCUACAGCAGUUUCAAGGACAGUGGAUGAUAUCUGCUGAGCUAUUACAACUAGUCGGUAUUGUACAAGAGGAUGUCGAAAAAAUGGACAUUUCUAAGGACCAGAGUAUUGUAUGUACAGCUAUUGUACUAGGAUGGCUAAUGGAGAUGUACCCACACAGACAAGAUGAAUGGGAGAUGAUAGAAACUAAAGCAUUGUCCUGGAUGUCAUCUCACAGUCAGACAACACCAGUAGAGGAGGUCAUUCAACAAACAACACAAGCUCUGUGGCCUCACUGAUCCUAUUGUUAUAUGAACGAUUUGAAAUAGUAGGAGCCUAUCGAUUACUUAAAUUGCAUUUUCUUAUUUGAAUAAGAUGUUAUGAUAUAUUGAUGAUGGACAAAAAUUUUCUGGCUGUUUAAGCUGUUGCAAAUACUUCUGUAUGCUUAUUUUAGUAGAGUAUUGUGCACAUUUCAUUGUGUUAUAGUAGCUAUUGAAUAUUAAACUGAGUGAUUUAUGUAUAGAAUAUAAAUCCUUCAGCAGAUUUAUAAAUGAAGUGAAGCAUUUGUAUGGGAUGUUCCACUGUAAAAAAUUUGUAUGGUAUUUUCCACUGUGAAGAAUUUGUGUGGGAUGUGCCAUUGUUAAGACUUUGUGUGUUAUUGACCACUGUGAGAAUUUUUGUGGAAUGUUCCACUGUGAGAAUUUUUUGUGGUAUGUUCCACUGUGUAAAAUUUGUAUGGUAUGUUCCACUGUGUAGAAUUUGUGUGGGAUGUUCCAUUGUGUAGAACUUUUGUGGGAUGUUCCAUUGUGUUGAAAUUGUAAUGUGAUGUUACACUGUGAAUAAUUUGUAUGGGAUGUUCUAAUGUAAUGAAUUUGUGUGGGUUGUUCUAUUGUGUAGAUUUUUUGUGGGAUGUUCCACUGUGAACAAAUUUUUUGGAGGACAUUCCACUGUGUAGAAUUUGUAUAGGAUGUUCCACUUUGAAGAAUUUGUAUGGGUUGUUCUUCUAUGAUUUUUUGUGGUAUGUUCUACUAUAAAGAAUUUGUGUGGGAUGUUCAACUGUGAAGAAUUUGUGUGGGAUGUACCACUGUUAGAAUUUUUUGUGGUAUGUUCUACUGUGUAGAAUUUUAGUGGGAUGUUCUACUGUGAAUCAUUAGUAUGGGAUGUUCUGUUGUGAAGAGUUUUUGCGGGGAUGUUCCACUAUAUGAAGAAUUUGUGUAUGGUGAAUCACUUAUGUAUAAACUUUACAGAAUCAUGCAAUUUCAAUGGUUAAUGAUCUUUAUUGUCUAGAAAUUAUAUUAUAACCAAAAUAUUACUAGAGGAAUAUGAGUGCAUUUUUAUAAGUUUUAAUUUAGAUACAAAUAAAACUGUCUGUGAUAUGUUUGUAUAUAUAUAUAUAUAUAUAUAUUUGUGUCGCCUUGAAAAAGGCAACAUAUAGGGGUUACUUUUGUCGUCGGCGUCAUUGUCGGUGUUGGCGUCCCCUUAAGCUUGUCCGGAGCAUAAGUCAGUCAUUAUAAGUCGGAUGGACUUCAAACUUGGUAUGCAUGCUUCUUAUAAUGACCCAAAGUGCAGUGCACAAGAUUUGGUACUCUGAACUUCUUAAUUUUUGAGUAAUUGCCCUUUGUUAAUUUUCAUACUUUAUUUUUGUCCGGGCCAUUUCUCCUAAAGUAUAAAAGCUAUGGACUUGAAACUUCAUAGGAUGAUAGAUCUCAUUAAGAAGAAGUGCAGUGCACAAGAACCGGUACUCUGCAUUUCUUAUUUUUUUAGUUAUUGCCCUUUGUUAAUUUUCAUGCUUUAUUUUUGUCCAGGCCAAUUCUCCUAAAGUAUAUCACAGGUGAACGUCGCGUGGCCAUGACUUUCA